AUCGUAGUAUUGCCGAAUACCAAUCCGAAAUAUCAUAACUUACCUAUAUCCAAUACAUUUUUAAUUUAAUUAUUACAAAUUUUUUGUCGAAAUGCAAUUUUUGGUAAGUACAUAUUUGUAUAUAAUUUAUAUUAGAUAAGGUACUACUACUACUAACAGUUUUAAUACAUGGGUUGAUUAUAACAUAAAGUUUUAAUAAUAUUAAAUAUUUACUAUUGACCCUAAUUCAAUAUAAGUAGAUGGUUUAAUAAUAUAUAUUAAGGUUCUGGGGGUUUUUCGUGGUACGAGGGGGUAAGGGCGGUGUACUUUUGAGUUUUGACCUAGUGUUUACACAUGUUAUUAUAGUAAUUAAUAGAUCAUUUAUUUAUUAUUAUAGUUGUUAUCGAAUUUAAAACGGAAACCAAUAGCUUUUAUUAUAAGUUCCUCUAAUUCAAUCAAUAUAUUAUAAUUUUUGCAGUUUGUGUUGAGUUGUUAAGACAUAAUUUUUUUAAUUUUUCUUGCAAUUUGCUCUGUAUUUCUGUUGAUUUUUAUACUUACAAACAUUUCCUCCUGUUCGAAUUGUUGAUUAUUUGCCUAUGUAAAUCUCCCAGUGUUUCGAUAAUUUUAGUCUUUUUUUUCGGUUUUUUCUUUGUUAUUGUUGAGUUUUCCACUAAUGAAAAUAAUAUAAAAUAUUGUUUUUAUAGCAGAAAAUUAUUAUUGAAAAUAUUAUUAUACAUGCGGAAUUAUUAAAAUUAUCAUUGUAAAUUAUCCUUGAAUAGGGGGAACUAUAAUUAUAACUGCCUGCAACGAUUUAUUUAAUGCGACUGUUUAGUAUUCAAGUUUUAUUCCCUUUAUUUUAAUUUGGUAAGUAAUAAAUAAAGUUUUCAUGUUUAAUAAAAUGUACAAUAGAAUAUUAGGUAUUUGUACAUUUUUUCGAUUACUUAUCGAAUUUAAUGGUAUUUUUGCUACAAUUGAACGUUGAUUUAAUUUUCCGUUCGUUUUAAUUUCUUAAAAUAAACAAAGUAAAAUUUUAAUCGAUAAUUAUAAUUUGUACAUUUUUUAAUAUUUUUCAAAUUGUGAAAAAAAGUUUUAGUAUUAUUGCUAAACAAAGUCUCAAUAAUAUAAUAUUAUCGUCAUGAACGCCUUACUGGUUCAUUCCGGAUAAUUUUGGAUUUGGCAUCAUACUCGUUGAUUAUUUACUAUCCGCCUUUCGACUUAUGGUUGUUUCUUCACAUUUGUGAACUUCAAUGUCUUUCUUAUUGGUUCAUCAAUAGGGUUAUUUUGUGUUGCUAAAAAAAAAAUCACAAAAUAAUAGUUUUUACUUUAUUAAAAAGACAAGUUAUGGUAAUUACGUAUUAGCACAGAGAAGGAUUUCCAUCUAACCUAUAUAAAAAUAAUAAUUUUAAUAAUAUAAAUAAUUAUUAUUUACCAGCAUUGAAGACCACAUGGUAUAAUAGUUGGUAUCUACCUAUAUCUAUAGUCUAUGCUCUGUACGAACAGUUGAUUUCAUAUACUGCAGGAAAUUUUUUAAAAAGCCUUACGAAAAAACAGACACUACCUCCCUCUUGACUUUUGGACUUAUUCCAGUAACACUUUUCUCUACUAUCUAGUGAUUAUUUUUUCUAUAUGUAUACAUAAAAAUGAAUCGAUAUUUUGUCGCUGACGUCAUAACUUGAAAACGGAUAGACCCAUUUUUUAGAUCGCGGAAUGUAUUGUUUUUACAAUGAUGUUUAUUUAUUUUAUUUGUAUUUUUUUAUACUGUGUACAAAAAUUCUACCAGAAAUCUGGCUCAUCAAGCGUAUCAAGCGUAGCACCUUUUUUAAAGAGGAAGUUUCCUUGCAUUGUACUUUGAAAAGGUUAUUUUCCUAGGGGUUUUCAUAAAAAAUGGGUAAAAUCAGGAAAAAACUUAGGUAAUACGAAAAUAAUGCUUUUAUAAUUUAAAUUUUGUUUUUUUGUUUGGUUGUAAUUCAGUUUAAAAUGUUCUUAGAGACUUGAAAUGUAAACAAAAACGUUAUAUUUGCCUUUUAUAUACGUAGUCAAAUUAUCAAAACAUUUUUGAGCUAUUUGUAGGCAUUUAAAUUUUACAGGUUUUUUUUACAUAAUUUUUGUUCGGUAGGUACUCAUAAAUGCUAAACAAAUUAACAUAAAGACCAUUGAGUGUAAUGUAGAAUUUUUUUUUAUAAGAAUUUUAAUAUCAUUAUAUCAACGUUUGAAAGCAACACUAUUAACUGAACUCCGCUCAGAAUCGUUUUUCGUUAGCAAUGGUUUAAUACAAAUAUACAUUAAAUUUCCUCUAUACCUUCUUAACUUCUCUCCUACAACAGUGGCCCAUCCAUCGUGUGAAGUAUUUCCGUCUUUUUGUUGUGUUCUUAAUUAUUGUUAGCACAACGUUUUUAUGAAAAAAACAUUUUUGGAAAAUCUACCGGAAAAAACGUAAAUUUGGAUAGUUUUUUGUAUGAAAACCUCAAUACAUUUUUUUUAAAUUUCAUUCGUAUCACCAAGGUAACCCGUAAAUCAAUAAAAAUAAUUCGAUAACUGAUGUUCAGAUUUCACAUGUUUCCAUAACAGCAGUAAAUUUAUGAUAAAUAAAUUUAAAAAAAGGAUAAUAAAUUGUUGGAAAAUUACCAGAAAAGUUAGAACAGAACACUUUUGGUCCGCCGAAGGUGGAAUAUUCACUUUACACCUAUUUGUUUUCAUUCAAUAUUGUUAUCGUUAAAACCAAAAACGAAUAUGCAUAAAAAAAAAUUAUAAAAUUGACACCGGUAACGCCGGGUGGGAUAACCAGUAAUAAUAAUACAAUAUUUUGUUACAGAAUCUACCGAUUGUAUACCAAUUCAAUCAUUUAUCGUAUUUUAUUUUCUAGUGCACACACAGUAAGCAAAAUCUUAGCUUUGUUGGAUGUCCAACGGACUUUACUAUGUGCGCAGUCCAAUUUAAACAUAGAAAACUCCCUUGAAAAAAUGCCGUGACAUAAUAGUGUUGAGGGGCCCUGUGCCGGUUUUUCAAAUUUUCUCCAAUUUUCUCCAAUUUUGAAAAAUUUUAAAAUUAUUUUUAACAAUUCAAAAAAUUACCUUAAAGAUAGGUAGAUAGAUACAACUGAUUUACUAUUCGAUACUCAUUUAGAGGCGGGACCGUUUUUACUGACGAAAAUGACUACGGAAAUAGUGAUGAAUCAUUGUCAGUUCAAUAUUUGUAUGGAUAUUUUUUUUUUUAUAUAUAACAAACAACAUUCUACCGGUCGCAUUGAAUUCCGUUUUUUUAAUUUCUAAAUGGGAAAAAUAACUUAAAAUUUAUUUUCUUUUAUAUACGUACUCAUUAUAAUAAAAAUGUUGAGAAUAAAAUAUUGAAAAACGGAGUUCAGUGCGGUCUGUAAAAUGUUUCGCUCUAUUAAUGAGAAAAAAAAAAAAAAAAAUUUAAUCUGGUUGAUUCCACUGUACCGUAUCACCAUUUCCGUAGAGUGUAUUUUUGCGCGCAAAACGACAUUGGCCGAAUUUGUCCACGUCUGUAUGCACUCCUAUAUUUUCUCAUACGUUUGCGAAUUUUCCAUUGCGGUUUUCACUAAACGAUUAGUCAGGAUCGGUCCCAUUGAUUUUCAAUCAAAUCGACCAAGUACAUACUAGAGUUGUUUCACUAAUAUUGGUAGUGCACGUUUCGUUUAUUACAGUAGCGCACACGGGAUUUUUUCCCGGGAGGCGUUUUGUUUAUGAUAAUUUCCCAGAGGGCUAGGAGAUGGCACACAUUAUAUGUACCUACAGUACUAUCACUAUUAUUACUGAAUUAUUGAUUUUUGUUGAAAUUAAAUUUUAUUUUAUUCCGUGGUGUUAAGAUAUUAUGUAGCGUAGGAAGACGUUUUCGGAGGGGGUUUUGACCCCCUAACCACCACUCAGUGCGCGCCGCUGGUUUAUUAUUAAUUCACGGGUUCGCGUGAUGUUUCAGAUGAUCUUCGUGGUCGCGAUGGCCGUGGCCGCGCGCGGUGCUCCCUCGCACAACAUCGUGACGCCGGUGAUUCUGCCUAAAGUCCAUUUGGCGUCACCGGACGUGACGGUCGUCAAACAGCCGUACGUGAUCCAACAGACCGAGCCCGUUUUCCGGCACGUGUACUACGCCGACCCGCUGUCGUUGCCCGUGCCGUACGUGUCACACCACGUGGCCUACCACCAACCACCCGCCGCCACCGCGGCCGUCUACCAUCAUUCGCCGUACGCGCCCGCGGUCAAUUAUAUCGUUUGAUCGGCACCGGCAUUACACGCGCGAAACACAAUAAUAUUAUUGUUAUUAUUAUUUUUCCAUUGUGCCGGGCACGACAAUGUAACAGUGUUUAUCAAAAACGAAAAUUAAUUAAUAUCGCAUCACAACGGUAUAGUAACAGUAAUAUACGAAUAAUACCUAUUUCAUACGUUUUUCAUUUUUAUUUUAUUUACAAAUAAAGUAACUCGACGAUCAAUGGUUUUUUUAU